UUGGCUUCUGGAGUGUUCCUGAGCCUUAGCGUUUAAGGGGGAGGCUUGUUCAUCCUCUCUUUUCCUUCCCCUCUCUUUUUACCAAAAUUUUCCCUCACGGAAUACCAAAAUAUGCUAAGGUUCCGUAUCACAAUUCCCAAAGAUGUAGCCCAAAGUUUUCAUUUAGACUUUUGGGGUUCUAUAAUUCGUCGACAAUAAGUUCAAAAGGAUCAAGCUUUAUUUAUUAUUAUUAUUCUUUUUUUUUUUUUUUUGGGUUCUGGGUUUGGCUCUGUUUCGUAGUACUGUUUUGAGUUUUCUGUGUGUUUUUUUCUUCCUGGGUUCGAUAAAGGUGAAGAAUGGCUAAUGGGGAAGAGAAAAGCAAGGAUUUUUAUGCGGUUUUGGGGUUGAAAAAGGAAUGCACAGAACUGGAGCUGAGGAAUGCUUAUAAGAAACUUGCUCUGAAAUGGCACCCAGAUCGGUGUUCAUCUUCGGGAAAUUCAAAGUACGUAGAAGAAGCCAAGAAGAAAUUCCAGGUUAUCCAGCAAGCCUAUUCUGUUCUAUCUGACGCGAAUAAGAGGUUUCUGUACGAUGUAGGAGUCUAUGAUAGUGAUGAUGACGAAAAUGGAAUGGGAGAAUUUUUAAACGAGAUGGCAGUGAUGAUGAGCCAAACAAAGCCUAAUGAAAGUAGGGAGGAGAGCUUUGAGGAAUUGCAAGACCUCUUCGAAGAGAUGUUCCAUGGAGAUAUCGAAUCGUUCGGUUCCAGCUCUCAGACAACUACUGCAUGUUCUACCUCUUCUUCAUCUUCAUAUGCAUCCUAUUGUGGAAGUUCUUCUAGUUCCACUAACAAACGCGGGUCCUUCGAAAUGAAUUACGGGAAGACCAGCAUAAUGGAUUCUUCUGGUUUCGAUUUUGAUUCUCACUUUCAAAACUUUUGUUUAGGGACAGAUGGAUCAGCAACAGGCUAUGGGGAAGGAGAAGGAAGUACGAGAAGGGUUUCGAGGAGGAGGAGGAGGAAGAACGGCCAAUAACGGUAGACGAAAUGGUAGAAAACAAAAGGUUUCAUCUGGCCAUGAUGUAUCAUCAUCUGGUAUUUCAGCAGCUUGAAGAUGCUUUCUGCUAUAAUUCAUUUUACAUUGUGAAACACCCAAAGCUAAGCUAGGAAUUAUUUGGAUUUUGGACCAACCAAGUACCAACCAUUUAGUGAUGAAGCAAGAGGAUCAACAUUGGUUGAUAAUGUGUGUGUUUUUUUUUUUGGUUGUUUUUGAUCAUGGUGGAUGCAGGGACAAUGUUACUAAUUGGUGCUACUGGCAUUGGGCAUUCUACUUUGGUGGAUGGGGUUGGGUUGCAAAAGUUGGGGAGUUAUGCCUAGAUGUUAAAAAAAAAAAAAGAAAAUUUUUUUUUUUCUGGCUAUGGCUUGUAGUUUAGGGGAGGUGGCAUUGUAUUUUCAACCUAUGAUUGCAAUGGUCUCCCCUGUUCUCUUAAUGUUACAUGGUUUUUCAUAUGCUUAUGGUUGCUGCAUUUAUAUAAAUCAAGGAACAUUAUUUUAGAAAUUUAAAAAAAAAAAAAAAGGAGAUAAAAUUUAAUGUUUGGUUCUUUUA